AUGAAGGAUUGGAGCAAACAAACCGUCGUCCAACUCAAGGCGGAGUUGAAGCGCAGAGGACUUGCAGUCGCUGGCCUCAAGCAGGAACUUGUCGAUCGCCUUGCAGAAAACGAUAACGAGGCUGCUGCGCAAAACACAGAGGCAUCUACAGCAGAGCCUGAGCUGGCAGCGAGCCCCAAGCCCGAGACUGAGGAGGCUACCGCGGCCGAAACUAUUCCCAUCGACAUCACCCCGAGCAAUCCCGUCGUCGCUGAAACCGAGACCACCGUUGUUGAAGCAGUCGAGAAUGGCUCAGAAGCUAGCCACCCGCCAUCGACUGUUGAGUUGGACAAGCAGGACACUACGACCGUUCCACAGUCGAUCGCCGCGCUGGACCCCACACCUCCUGCCCCUGCCGAGAUAGCGCAAGAUGCGCAGAAACGGAAGCGACGAUCAGAGAGCCCAGUCGAGUCGUCCGAGUCGGUUUCUCACAAACGUGUCAAGGCAGGCCAGGAUCGCAUCGACGCAGGCAUGGAGAACGAUGCCGAGGGUUCGGGGCAACCGGCCAUCGCCGGGGUCAUAAACCAGGUCAAGGAGGGCAUCAAGGAGACGUUGAAGGAGGGCUUGGAAGGAGGCACGAGUCUCGUUGACGAUAUCGCGAAAGAUGCGAGGGUCAUUUCGGAGAACCUUGCCGAGUCUAUGGAACAGGACCAGGCGCCGCCUGGUGCAAACGACGAGGACACGAUGAUGGCUACUUCUCAUGACGCAUUUCAUGAGGAGGUCAACGAGGGCGAUGCUUCGAAUGCAGCAGCGCGCGAAGAGCCCAUGAAUGUCGAUUUUACGCCUGAGCCAGCCCACCAGAACACAAACCAUCAAGACGAGCACGGCGCCAUGGAUGAUGAGAGAACUGUCGAAGCAGCCAGGCAUCAUGCCACUGAGUCCCUCUACAUUAGGAACCUUAUGAGGCCCCUUAAGGAAGACACGGUUCGCGCACAUCUCGUCGAGCUGGCAGCCCCUGCUGAUGCUGAGCCAAACGAUGACGACAUCGACCUUUUCUACCUCGACCAAGUCAAGACCCACGCCUUUGCUGUCUUCAGUUCUGUCACCAAGGCUUCGCGCGUUCGCAACGCCCUGCAUGGCCUCCGCUGGCCGGAUGAAAGCAACCGCAAGGAGCUGUGGGUAGACUUCGUUCCGACAGACAAGGUCCAAGUAUGGAUUGACGAGGAGCAGGCUCAAAGCCGCGAUAGAAGCAUUCGCUUCGAGGUCCUCUACGAUGAAGACGGCGUUGCUAGUCUGGUCUCGGGCUCUACAGCCCAGCCUGCACGACCAGCUCCAGAACCAACCAGGCUUGCGCCAUCUGGUCCCGCGGUCAAAGAUGUGAACGCCAUUCCUAUUGGCCCCCGUGGCGGUCUCGGAACACAAGGUGCGCCAUCUGGACCCAGAGGGGAUGCGCCACGUGGACCCGGUCCUAGACCCCCACGACAAAUUCAGGGCUUCCCCGGAGGCGAUAUCCGAACUACUCGCGCCAGCCCCCCGAUAUCUUAUCAGCCUGUUUCUGAUGAUCUGGGUGCUAGACGCAUUAGGAAUAUGCGUUCUCACUACACUACUGAGAUUGAUCGCGAUCUGGGUUCUGAGACCGAAAUCAACCGAUACACCUUCGAAAAUGGCGACAAGUUUGUCGACCGCGGUAAAGAAAACUUUGUGGGCAUUCGCCCUCCACACCGAGAAGCUGAGCGGCAUCGACAGGGAGCUGGCGGAGCACCGCCGUACAGAGGUCCUCCACCGCGCGGCGGUAGACGCGGUGGCAAUGGCCGCCGUGGAAACCGCAUGGUCAGUGACCGGUACCUGCCUGGUAUCAAUGAAGGUGGCCCGUACAGACAGGGCGACCGCGGAAACUUUGGUUCUCGUCACGAUGGUGGACGCCGUUUCCGCCCGGAUGACCGCGACAGUCGGUUUUAG